AUGAGUUAUUCAAAGAAAGAUAAGAAAUCAUAUUCAGAUAUUGAAUUACCUACAAACCCAAAUUUACCAUCAUGGUUAAUUACACCAAAGGAAGAAAAAGCAAUAUUUGAAAGAUGGAGAAAGAAAGCAUUUGCUAAAUGUGAUGAUUUAAUUAAAUUAUAUAUUGAAUGUUCAAAUAACUAUAAAAAUCCAAUUGAAGCAAUGAGUAAAUGUUCUAAAAUUAAUGAAGAUAGUUUAGCUUGUGUUGCUCAAUAUCAAAAAAGGGAGUUGUUAGAUUUAGAAAGAGAAGAAUUUAUAAAAGAAAAAAUUGAAAAGAAGAAGUUGUAUAAACAAUACCUUGCUGAUUUGAAAGCUAAAGGUGAGUUACCAAGUGGUGAUUCUGAUAAACUUUGA